AUGGACAAGCUUCAGGAGGAUGAGCCAAUAGUGGAUCAUGACGCCGAAGAUUCUGACGACACCGACGACGACUCUGACGACGACCACGAUGAUGAUGCCGAUGAUUCUGACGACGAUCACAAUGACGACGAUAAUUCUGACGACGACGAUGAUACUGAGGAUUCUGACGAUGACGAUGGGAAGGAAGAUGGUGCUCAUGAAGGCAUUGCCAAGGCCAUCGGCAUUGAUAAUACUGAAAUAGACCAGCAUCCAGAGUGUCUGUUUGAGUCCCUUGAGCCUGGCCCGACUCUGGCACAGAGGCGGCUCAAUAGUACUGGAGGCCUAAAGCCAAGACCCGCCUCUGCUCUGGCAACCACCACUGAUGCACCAGCUGAGGUAGCCGCCAUUGUGGAGCAAUUAGCUAACAUUAAGAUGGAGUUGGCUAAAUUUAGGGUGGAGGUAGCUGAUUUUAAAAUGAUGAUGGAUGAUAAGAUCCAGCAGAUCAUGCAAAUGCUAGAAGCCAUUGCCAAGGGUUGCGGUGUUGAUAUUACAGAAAAAGCCCGGCAUCCAGUGGGUCCGACCGCAUUCCUUGAGCCUGGCAUGACCCUCGCAUCCACCACUGAUGCCCCAGCUGAGAUAGGCACCAUAAACAUCAGAGAUCCGUCCAAUUGA